UACGUGCUGGUAGUUGGUACUUGUGGCUGGAAAUUUAUUCGAUAUUUGUGCAAAUUGCAAUUAAUGCCCAAAAAUGCCAAAAAUUGAUCCAGAAACCCAAAAGCUAUAUGAUGAGAUAAACGGCAUGAUACAAAAGUUUAAGGAUGAUCAGAAGGCAAAGGCAGACUGCACACUGGCAGACAAAUGCGGUGACAUGGGCGAUGUCCCAAAAAUCCGUUUUUCAUCAAAAAAAAUCCUCAAGGGUCAUAUAAAUAAGGUAAACUCGGUGCACUUCGCUGGCGACUCCCGUCAUUGCGUCACCGGCUCAUUAGAUGGAAAGCUAAUUAUCUGGGACACAUGGACUGCAAACAAAGUCCAGAUCAUACCCUUGCGCUCAGCCUGGGUAAUGACCGUGGCAUUUUCGCCAUCUGGAAAUUUCGUGGCUUGUGGAGGCAUGGAUAACCAAUGCACGGUUUAUGACGUGAACAAUCGUGAUGCUUCGGGUGUGGCGAAAAUGGUGCGAGAACUGGUGGGCUACGAAGGUUUCUUGAGCUCUUGUCGUUUUCUGGAUGAUGGACAUCUAAUCACAGGCUCGGGCGACAUGAAAAUAUGUCACUGGGACUUGGAAAAGGGUGUCAAAACAAUGGAUUUCAAUGGGCAUGCUGGCGAUAUUGCCGGUCUUUCGUUGUCACCGGACAUGAAUACUUAUAUAACCGGCUCCGUGGAUAAAACUGCCAAACUGUGGGAUGUGCGUGAACAGGGACAUAAGCAGAUGUUCUUUGGGCACGACAUGGAUGUUUCCUCUGUCUGCUAUCACCCAAGUGGAUUUGGCUUUGCUUCUUGCUCGGAGGAUCAAACAGCUAGGAUGUAUGACUUGCGGUCGGACCAACAGAUUGGGCUCUAUGAGCCGCCCCAAAAGAACACGGGAUUUACAUCUUGCGCUCUGUCGACUAGCGGUCGCUACUUAAUGUGCGCGGGCGUGGAGGGAAAUGUGCACUCGUGGGAUACAAUGAAACAAAGACAUACAGGCACGCUGUCUGGGCACGAGAAUCGCAUAACUUGCAUCAGUCUGUGCCCCAAUGGCAUGUGUCUAGCCUCGACUAGUUGGGAUCAACAAGUACGUUUGUGGCUCUAAAUGAAUUGCCUACUAUCGGUUCAAUAUCGUUUAUAACAAUUACUAACUUUGUAGCUAAUUAAUUAAAAACUAGCGAUAAAUUUGCUUGUUUGAGAAUAAACGCAUUACACAAUGUAAUAAAUAGCGCCAAACUUACAAAUCUGGUAUAAUAUUAC